UUUUACUUGUGUUCAAGUUUGAGGGAUAUUGUAACUAGCGUAAUUAUCGGGCAUUGUGGGACUUCACAUCUCUUGUCUGAGGCAGUAGCGGCACUGUAAUAACAAUGCUUUGUCUCAUAUGUGAGAGUCCACCUGGUACUACCAACAUUCCAAGCAGUGAACGUCAAAAUCGACGGCAUCAUAGAUUUGGGACCAAACUGGAAUUAUAAAUACACAUUGCAGACAGUCAAACAUAAUGAUAGAUUAAAAUCAUUCACACAUCUUGAAAAAAGGUCUAGAGACGAAACAAAUAGGAUGAAGUUAGUCGACCAAAGUUUUUACGCCACAGAUAAUAUUAGUGUGCCAACUGAGAAGUAUAACUCUAAGAACGAAACAUCCAAUGCUUUCUACACGAAUGCACAUAAAAUUAAAGACGACAAAGCUAAUGAAUUUCUCAAACAUGUGUAUAAACAAUCAUUGUCCGUUUUCGAUUCCUUGAAGGAAAAAGUAAACGACUACAAUUUAAAACGGCGUAUUGACGCAAUAUCAAAAACUUACGAUACACAAUUCCUUAAAUUCAUCGUCGAAACACAAAAUCAAACUAUAAAAACUCGGCACGGAACCCAAAAAGUAAUUUUAAACGCUAUCGAUGUUUCGAAUGGUUUAUUGAAUAGGUUAGUUAGUUUCAUGUUAGCAGAUUUGGCUAAGAAGGAUUUGUUACGAAACAAAAUGGCGGUCAAUAUCGUAGAAAAAGAAGUGAAAGAUGUUAUUCAAAUGGAAUUGAAACAUGCGUGCAUUAAGUUCGGUGUUUGCCGCACGGAUAAUACCUUUAGUAAAUUUGUCACUGAUGUGUUGACGAUUAUACUAACAAACAAUGAUGUGAAAUUAAAACAAGCAACGGAUGCUUUCACAGAAACCUUUAAAAAUAAUGAAUAUAGUGCUAUUAUGUCGGAUGACUCGACGAAAAUAUUUUACCAAGGAAUCCAAAAGGCAGAGAGCUACGACAUUGAUAGAUUACGCCCUUUUCUGAUAAUAAUAAGAAACAUUAUAGCAAAUAAACAUAAACCAUUUAUAGUUACAGGACAUAUAGACAAAAGGAUAAACAAAACUAUAGCUUUUAUGAACAUGGUUGAUAUAUUCGAUAAGAAUCUACCAGGGAACGAGAUGAAUUCGUUAGAAUGGAAUGAUAUUAAAAAUAGUUUGACUGAAUGGAGUGACGGUAAACGGAACGACAUAGUCGACAUAUCGCAAACUUUAAUCGAUUAUGUGAAAAAAUCGAUAGAUAGAAUGGACAGUGAAUCCGUAAAAAAUAUUAACAAUUAUAUAAAUUAUAUUUUAUUACAUUAAUAAAGUUAAAAAUAUUUAAAGAG